AUGCCGCCAACAGAUCUCAAGAACAACCCGGCGCUCCAGGCUCCCAAACGCAGCAAACCCCUCUUCCAACCCGGCACCUCCGAAAACCAAGCCCUGGUGAUCUUCGUCCUCGGCGGCCCAGGAGCAGGCAAAGGAACCCAAUGCGCCAAUAUCGUCCGAGACUACGGCUUCAAGCAUCUUUCAGCCGGCGACCUGCUUCGUGAGGAACAAGAUCGAAAGGGCAGUGAAUUCGGGGACAUGAUAAAGGAUUAUAUCAAGGAAGGGCAGAUUGUGCCGAUGGAAGUCACGAUCCAGUUAUUGGAAAAUGCCAUGACGAGCACAAUAGACAAGAACGGGAAUCGCAAGUUCCUGAUCGAUGGUUUCCCACGGAAGAUGGACCAAGCGGUUGCGUUUGAGGAGAAGGUCGUCCGGUCCAAAUUCACGCUGUUCUUCGAUUGUCCUGAGGAGACUAUGCGGGAAAGGCUGUUGGAUAGAGGGAAGACUUCUGGGAGGGCGGAUGAUAAUGAGGAGAGUAUCAAGAAGAGGUUUCGGACUUUUGUGGAGACUAGUAUGCCAGUUGUGGAGAUGUUCGAGAAGGAGGGGAGGGUGGUGAAGUGUGAUGCUAGGAAGUCUCCCGAGGAGGUGUAUCAGGGCGUCAGGCAGGAGUUUGAGAAGGAGGGAAUCAAGCCCAGUGGGCAGUAG